ACCAUAGCAACAUACCAAGUAGAAGACAAGGCAGAUAAAGCGGAUCGCACAAGUCACAUAAACACUUGGCAAUUUACGGGAGAAAUAACUGGUUAAAUACAUAUUUCUCCACUUGAAGUGGAAUUUAUAGAAUCUCCAAAGAUGUGUGAACGAGGAACGAUGCGAAUUACAGAGGAGAUUGACGAGUUGAAGAGAAAACUUGCCCUGUUAGAUGGUGACAGGAAAGCUUACUAUGAAAGCUCCCAAUGGUCGAUGAAAAAGAACAAGGAGACUAUACAGUCUUUGAGGGAAAAGAACAAAGACUUAAGGCUCGAGCUCGCCAAGAAAAAAGCGGGAGACGAAAAAGUCAUUGAUGAGGCAUUCAAACAGAGAGAUCCUCAAAGACAUUGUGCCAUGAAAGGCAUGUCAGGAAGGGCUGCAAUCAAUAAGCUAGAUCAACAAGUGUGUGAGUCAGUGAAGAAGAUGAAUGCAUUGAAGCACACAAGGAAAGUCCAAGAAAAGAAGCUAAAGCAGUUACAGACGGAGUACGACCAGAUGGUGAAGGAUGCUGAGGAGGCUGUCAAUACUGAUGCUGGAGAUUCUGACGAUGCUCAGAGAUUACGGGUGGUAGAAAACAAUCUGGACAAGAUGUCCCUUAAGCUGAGUGAAGCUAAAAGAAUCAAGUGUACUUAUGAACAAAUCUAUGACUGUCUCCGAGAGGAAUGUCGCACAUGGCCCAACAACCUAGACAACAAAGAGGAAGCCAUCCGUCGUAUGGAGGAAGAGCUUCAAGAAUUAAAGGCCAGUAACAAUGAUGCACAGCUUGCCAGGGAAGCAGCCAAGGCAGAGCUGGCAAAGCUGGAACAGUCUGUGUCAGAGUCCAAGAGGGAGAGAGAGGCUGCUCUUGCAGAGUACAAGAAACAGGCUGAAGAGAAAAAGGAACAGGCUGACAAAGUGGAGAAGAGGCUCCAGAGAUCAUCCCUUCAGCAAGAUGAGCUAACAGAUCCCAAAGCCACACUCUCUGGGGAGGAACAAGAGAGGAAGAUCACUACAUAUGAGGAGGCCAUGAACAAGAUCAAGGAUGCAACAGGAGUGUCUGACAUCAAGGAGGUUGUGCAGAGGUUCCUGUCGCAGGGUGACACCCAGAAGCACCUUGAGCAACUGAAGAACAACAAUGAGAAGAUGCUGGUUCGCCUUAAGGAAGACAAGGAAAAGCUUCGCCUGGAGUACGAAGAGAUGAAGUACUCUGGUGAGGCUCGUCUAUCCAGUGGACAGAGGAUGCUUGAAGAGUUCCAACAGCGCGUCGACGACGAGGAAAAACGCUGUGCGGAGGCCGAGCUGAGGCAGAACCAUGCCAGCCGCACUCUCGUCAACACUAAGGCUGGAAUUGAGCACCUUGCAGAUAAACUACAGCAUCUUAAGGCCCCUAAGGGCCAGGUCCCCCAGGCCCAGCUCUCCCCGACAUCAGAUGAAUACAUCCUGGAUCUGUUGGGCACGUGCGAACAGAAGCUUCUCAAGCUGAUGGAUGACCUCGGCGGCAAAGACAUCUCUGAUGUCAUGAAGGAGAUGGAGGACUUUGAGUUCCGCUCCAGCAUGGAAAGCAAGCUCCCCCAACACAAUACUCGAGUCAAAUUACCCGUGGUCGCCGAGAGAACAGCAGGUUACGAUGAUGACGAAGAAAGCGGAGAAGACGAAGACGUUCUCUCCCGUAACGCCAUCAAGCGCUACUCGCAACAACUCGUGGACUCCAAGACAAAGAAGCACAAGACACGCAAGGCGAAGAAACGCACCAAACCUUGAACUAGGCGCAUCCAUUUUAUUGUACAGAUAUUCCACUCUUUUUGAAGAUAAAUUUCGGUAUACGGUGAUAAAAAUCCAUUAGCCUUCAAACUACUCGUGUAUAGAUUGUUAUAAAACUGAGAACAUUUAUCAACUUUGAAUUAAAAAAUGGGUAAAGAAUGUUCAA